AUGGCUCCAUCUCCAUCCCCAUUCCCAAUCCCAGAUAAGACCCUAAUAUACGGCCACUCCAUAACCCCGCUGACGCAAUGUAAACACUACAACACUUCCCUCGAUAUUAUCGCCAUCAAACACGCCUGCUGCAAUAAAUUCUACGCGUGCAUCUCCUGCCAUAACGAAUUGGAAAGCCAUGAUCCUAAAGUUUGGGGUAAGGAGCAAAGAGAUGUGAAGGCUGUUCUGUGUGGUGGAUGUAGGUAUGUAAUGGAGGUGGGGGAAUAUAUGGGAUGUGGGAGUAGGUGUACUAGGUGUGGGAGGGGAUUUAAUCCACAGUGUAAGGGGCAUUGGGGGGUGUAUUUUGAAGUUCUUGAUUGA